AUGGCUACGACAGGCACCAGCACGGAUUGGUACACAACAGGCAGUAGUGAACGCUUUGAGUCCCAUACAGACAAUGAUGCCAAAGCACAUAGCAAAAUUGGAAGACCCAGUUCUUGGGACUUUGUUGAGAGUAACAAUCACUGGCGAUCCAGUCUUGACAGCUCCGAAGUUGGCAGCAGAAAUGCGCCACGUAUCAGCAAAGAUCAACCACGCAUGGAUCGAUAUAACAUGCAUACGGUCGUGGAUAAGAACUCGAGAUACGACGCCCACGGGUUAUGUAUCCUGCUGAAGGAUUCUGAACUUCAAAAUGCCCCCAAAAACAUCAGGAUACUGAAAUUAACCCCACUGGUCUCUGGGGAAGAUUUUUCACCAGCUGGUGCUGGUCAAGUCAUCAUGGAGGAUGGGAAAGCCUAUCCUGUUGCUCGCAUACAGCCCGCGCGUGGAAGACUACGACGAUGGAAUUCAGCUGAAGAGACGACAGAUGAAGGACAUCGAACAGAAUCUAACUCUUCUUAUCAUGUAUCGAGCGAAGGGAAGUACCAGGCGCUGAGGAGCUAUGGAGCUGAUAACAUCAAGAGGGCCAGAGAGGCCGUUUUUCAAGACCCAGCAGUCGCCAAUGUUGGUAACAGGAUCGGAGAAUCGCAGGAGAAGACUGCAGGAUUUUCAUCUUUUGUAUCUGGUAACUCAGAGACGAAAGAUCAGCUCAACCGUAAACAUGAGGCUUGGAAGAAGAUUUUGCAGAAGCUCAAGGGAACGCCGACCAACAAAAACGAAACGUUGGGCACAGAAAGAUUGGAAAAAGGAACUCAGCGGCGAAACGAGGAAUUCGAAGGGCUUCUGAAAAAACUCAGGCAAGAUCGCGGGCCAGAAAUUCGUCCUACAGGCGCAACUCCCCCAGAAGAACACCAUUUCCAACCAGAGCUCUUAGAGAAGCCGUACAAAGUGCCAGAACAGCACAAAGAUGUCAGUCGAGAUCCUGAAAUUGUCACGGCUUAUACUACCUACCCCAAAAAGAAAGACUGGUCUCAAGACUCUGGGGUUUGUAUGGAUAGAGACUCUCUCAACUCCGUGUUGAACCCUAGAGCAAGAGAGUUUCUGUCGUUCAAAAGCUUCACAAGGGAAUCAACGAGCUCAGAAGAUUCAGGCACAUCGGGUCAGGAACUCUUCCAGCAGAUAGGCUUGAACAGGAGCAGUGAGGAAAGUGAAUAUCUCGGCAACCCGCCUGCUGAGGUGAACUCAACAAGUUUAAACCAUCAUAUGCCCCCCAUAGAUCCAGACUGCCUUGACACAAGUCAGAAAGGAAACACAAGCCGGGAGACUAGUUCUAUUCCUGUCGGAGGGCAAGGCCUAGCGGGAUUUGGCCUCACGUCAAGCAUGCUGCCAUUUUCGAAUGAUCCUUUUUCGUUCGGCGCUUAUCAGACUCCAAUGCAGAGCAUCGCUUCCCCUGGAUUACUAUCCAGUCUUGGGCUGGUGACACCAAUGCCUAAAUGGCCACCAAUCACCAAUUUCGGAAAUCAAUUCAAUCUACCUACUGCCAAUCUUCCUUUUCAGCCAUGCGCGGUUGUGCCCAACCCUUUGAUGGGUGCCAAUGCAACUCCUCAAUUGCCUUACAAUCCAACACUGGGAAGCAGUGGCUAUUCAGCUUGUCCGCCUCCCGUUUCAAAACCGAUGUUUCCUGACCCAAUACAGCAACAGAAAUAUGAAGCGUACAUCGAAUGGCGAAAAGCUAAUGAACCAGGAUACGCACUUGCAUGCAAAAGCCGACAACAACGUCGGGCCCAGCGUGGCCCAAACCCGCCAAAUCCUGUAGGAGAGAUGCCACAUAGCGAGGUCCAACCUGUGUGA